AGUCAGCGCUGUUCGUAAGGCGCCUCUUUCGACUCUACAACGUUGCGGCGGCUUUAUUUUGUUCGGAAUCGCAAUGUCUGAAAAAGCCAGCUGUGAAUAUGGCACACCUAAGUAUUACGCGCUUUGUGGUCUCGGUGGAGUUCUAAGCUGUGGUCUCACACACACUGGAGUAGUCCCAUUGGAUCUGGUUAAGUGUCGUUUGCAAGUUGACCGAGCUAAAUAUAAAAAUAUUUCUCAUGGAUUUAAAAUCACCAUUGCCGAAGAAGGCAUACGAGGUUUAGGAAAGGGUUGGGCACCAACGUUUUUUGGGUACUCUCUUCAAGGACUGGGAAAGUUUGGGUUUUAUGAAGUGUUCAAACACAUAUACAACGGUCUCCUAUCUGAAGAAGACGCGUAUUUAUGGAGAACAUCUGUGUACCUGGCGGCCAGCGCCAGUGCAGAAUUUUUUGCUGAUAUUAUGCUUUGCCCCAUGGAAGCUGUGAAAGUACGAAUACAAACAAUGCCGGGUUGGGCUAGUACACUCAGAGAAGGUGUACCAAAAAUGUACAGAAAUGAAGGCCUUGUUGGAUUCUACAAGGGACUUCCUCCUCUAUGGGGACGACAAAUCCCGUACACAAUGAUGAAGUUCGCUUGCUUCGAACGCACUGUGGAAGCAUUGUACAAGCAUGUUGUACCAAAACCACGCGAAAAAUGUUCAAAAAGUGAACAGUUAGUUGUAACUUUUGCAGCGGGUUACAUCGCGGGUGUAUUUUGUGCUAUUGUAUCUCAUCCUCCUGACACAAUAGUGUCGAAAUUAAAUAAGGAUCCAAAUGCACGCUUGGUGGAAGUUGCCAAAAAUUUGGGACUAAUGGGUAUGUGGAGCGGAUUGGGUCCUCGUAUAAUCAUGAUUGGAACAUUAACAGCCUUACAAUGGUUCAUUUAUGAUGGCUUUAAAGUAGCUAUGCAGUUGCCGCGUCCCCCACCUCCAUCUAUGCCGGAAUCAUUGAAGCAAGCGCAUUGAUAUAGUCUACCAAAUGUAUACAACGCUCCAUAUUUUAUCCUAGUCCUGUCUAACACUUAUUUACAUGAAAGACCUAGUUUGUAGAUCUGAAAAUAUCGAAUAUAGUAUAUUUGAAAUAAUUUUUCAUGGAAAUCUAGUGUUUAUAUACAAUUAAAAGAAAGAUUGUUGAAUCUGAGUACCAGUUCGAA